AUGCAACCACCACCCAGAAAGGUGAAGGAGAGUCAGCAGGUGAAACUGGUGUUCUCAGAGCAGCACAGUAAAUUGCAGACCAAACAACAUCAGGACACUGAACUGUUGGAGGAGAUCAGGUCCUUCAGUAAGCAUCGUGCAGCUAUAGAGAAGGAGUAUGCCCAGGCUCUUCAGAGGUUAGCUGUUCAGUACCAGAAGAGAGACUGGCAAAGAGGAAAUACAGAUGCUAUCACUUCUGGAGGUGUGUUUGGUGUGUGGCGGUCAAUGGUUGAUGCGACAGCUCAGACUGCUGCAUCACGACUUGCUGCUGCAGAGGAAUACCGCAGACUGACAGGACAAGCCUCCAGAACUUUUCGCAAUGCAAAGGACAUCCGAGCUAAGCAUGGCCUGGAGCAGCUUCUGAGAGUACAGGGUGAAGUCGUGGAUGCGCUGCGAGAACUGCACAGGCUCAAGAAGAGCUAUCACCAACUCAGCCACAUUGCAAAUGUUGCCAGAGAGAAAGCUGCAGACGCACAGACAAGAGCCAGAAAGAGUGAACAUGGAAUUUUCCACUUUAAAGCAGGACUAUAUAAAAUGAAUAAAAAGCUCAGUGCCAGGUUGAAGGAGUGUGAUGACCGUUUGACUGAAGUUCGUAAUGACUAUCUGCUGGCCCUAGCAGCAGUGAAUGCCCACCACCAAAACUACUUUAGGAAUGAUUUACCACUCAUUAUGGAGCAAAUGGAUGGGGACGUUUAUGAUGACUUCAGGAGACAUUUUACCCUGCUGUGUGGGAUAGAAAUGGAUUCCUGUUUGUUCACACACAAACUGUACAGCAAGAUAUGGGACAGUGUUGGUAAAGUGACUAGAGAUACAAAUAUUCAGCAGUUUCUCCAAGAAUCUGUUGCCUUCAAUAAAACCACCGGAUUUCCCUUUCAACCUUCUCCACAUGACAAGGUGUCUUCUCUAGAGGAGGUCUGUGCCUCAGCAGCAGAGGGUUGUCUGGUUAAGGAAGCCAAGAAGUGGGCUACAAAGGCUGCGAAGGACUAUAAAAUCAUCACCCACGGAGAGAGGGCUCUACAAAUGUUAGGAAGUCGGUUGAAGCUCUUGUCUGGGGAGACAGGGCUUAGCGUGGAGCAGAAGAUAGCAGAGGUGCAGGACAAUGUCAGGAAAGCCAAGCUCAGCAGAGUGAAGGCAGAGGCUCGUCUGCUGCUGCUGUCAGACAGUGUCCCAGGAAUUGAACUGUGGCUUCAUGAUGCCAUGAACCAGGCAGAAGAGGAGCUGGAGAGAGAGAGACGGCUCAGUGAACAGAGGAAGUCUACUGAAGACUUUUCAGGGGAUGAAUUUGAGCUGACUGACUUUGAGGACUAUGAUGAUGAGAAUGCAGAUAUUUUUGCAGAUCCAGGGUCAGCAUCUGGAGCGUGUGUUUAUCCUGCAGCCUGUAGAGUUAUCUAUAGCUAUCAGGCUGGCCAGUCAGACGAGCUGUCAAUCAGGGAAGGGGAGGAGCUUCAAGCGAUUGAAGAUGGAGACAUGGAGGACUGGCUAAAGGUGUGUAACUCUUGUGGUCAGGUGGGUUAUGUUCCUGAGCGUUAUGUGCAGUUCAUGUGUCUACAAGCAGAGGAAACUGCUCAGCUGGACUGUUCCUUCAGCUCCACCUCAUCCACUGGAAAUAAAGAGAAGGCAAGCAGCCGAGGUAUAGCCAGAGCUCUCUACUCCUACCAGGCCCAAAGUGCAGAAGAGCUUUCCUUCCAGGAGGGGGCACUGAUCACACUGAUGUGCUGUCGACUUGGAGAGGUGGAUGAUGGAUUUUGGGAGGGAGAGCUGAAUGGACGGAUUGGUCUCUUCCCGUCGUUGGUGGUAGAGCUCGUACAUGAUGAAGUGGAUCUGGAGGAGCCACAAGAGGAGUCUCUCCCAACCCCAACCAUGCCUCCCUUCACUUCUACAGUAGGAAUCCCCUCAACUCCUGGCUGUAGUUCCAUACUUAAUGCUACCCCCCCUAGCUGCGUUGAAGAUAAACAGCAGCCCUUACAUCUGAGGGUGGCAAACAUUACAGUAGAAACUGGGGGCAGCAACCACACAUCUCCAGAUCUCUCCAGUAGUCGACUAAGACCUUGUCGAGCACCUCCCCCUCCUCCAACACUAAGGCCUUCACCUCAUCCCUGAGACCAGGCUGCGGUGGAGAAGUCAAAAUAAUCACUAUUCCAAGAUCCCGCUAGGAAAGGUCACAAGGUCAAGAGAAGAUGUCAAAGUGAAGCAGUAAGGAGUAAGGAAAAGAAAUCCAACUCCACUUACAUGUUUAAAAAAAACAAAUACUGUCCAAAAACGAAUGAUGCUACCUGAGAAAAGAUGUUCUUAUUAUUAAGGGAAGAUUUAACCAUUGGUUAUUUACAACAAAACCAACUGGAAAUAUAUGAAAUCUAUGUGGACAAACCUUAUAAAAGAGGACAAAAGAUUUUUGUGUGCAUUUUGCAAUCGGGGCAUUAAAAUGACAUUUAUAUUAGCAUUAAGUUCUGAUGAAGAUAUUGUAAACUAUGAUUUCCCUGUGUGUGUUGUUCACUGUGACUCAUGACUGGACAGAUGUGACAGAGCAGAAAUCAGGAGCUCAGAUGAUCAUUUUCGGAUUUACAUCAGUUCUGGAUCUUGUCAGGAGAAUAAAACAACUGCUUAUUUUUUUCCAUAACUACCUGGGUGUUACCAGGUGUAGCUGCCGCCAUGAAUUGAAGGACAUCAUUUUUCUCUUUUCUUUCAUAAAUGAAGGUCUGGUGUUUCCCAUGGUAAAAGAGGUUCAGUGAGUUAGGAAACAUUGAAGCUCUUUUCCUUAUAAUUAAGAUAACUCAAACAGCUAUCAUGGGUGCCACUUAAAUGCUUCUGCAUGGUCAUGUAUCUCAUAGGAACCUAGCUAAGCAAAGUGGACUAUUCAAAGGCAUUUUCUAACACAAGUACUUGGUAGGUGUUGGCAAAAGGACCGAGGACACCCAUGUCCUUAAGGUGGCCCUGAGAGCUCAACGCAAGGCAACUUCA